AUGGCACAGUCUAUUCAUUCAUUCAUUCAUUCAUUCAUUCAUUCAUUCAUUCAUUCAUUCAUUCAUUCAUUCAUUCAUUCAUUCUCUAUCUAUCUAUCUAUCUAUCUAUCUAUCUAUCUAUCUAUCUAUCUAUCUAUCUAUCUAUCUAUCUCAGUCUGUUCAUUCAUUAUCUAUCUAUCUAUCUAUCUAUCUAUCUAUCUAUCUAUCUAUCUGUCUGUCUGUCUGUCUAUCUAUCUAGCUAUUGAUAUACCACCUCUUUAUCGUUGUGCCUACUUUUUCCUGGCCCUUGAGUAUUGUGGGCAGUACCCAGCUCUCGAUCGUUGCGCCUGUCUUUACAGUCUUUACGCCUUUGAGUAUUCGGGGCAGUACCCACCUCUUUAUCGUUGUGCUUACCUUUUCCUGGCCCUUGAGUAUUGUGGGCAGCACCCAUCUUUCGAUCGUUGUGCCUGUCUUUACAGUCUUUACAUUGGUUUUACGACAAAGAAAAGCUUCCACCUCUCUCCACCCCAGAGAUCAUUAAUCGUUUUGGAUUCUUUCCAUUCCUCCUUCUACCUCUUCAAUGUCCUUAGAUCCUUAAUCAUACGAGAUCUAUCUAUCUAUCUAUCUAUCUAUCUAUCUAUCUAUCUAUCUAUCUGUGCGCUAUCCUGA